CGGAGCGCUCAUGCCGGUCCCCACACGGGGUGGCUCAUGAGAAGAGUGUCUCUGUCUCACAAUGGAGCCGAGUAAAAAGAUGGACCCUUCCGGCUCACUGCAGACCAACCCGUCGCUCAAGCUGCACCCGGACCGCAGCACGGGCACCCCGGUGCUCGUCCCCGAGCAAGGAGGGUACAAGGAGAAGUUCGUGAAGACCGUGGAGGACAAGUACAAGUGCGAGAAGUGCCAGCUGGUGCUGUGCAACCCCAAGCAGACCGAGUGUGGGCACCGCUUCUGCGACAGCUGCAUGGCCACCGUGCUGGGCUCCGCCAGCCCGAAAUGCACUGCGUGUCAGGAGAGCAUCGUUAAAGAUAAGGUGUUCAAGGAUAACUGCUGCAAGCGGGAGAUCCUGGCCCUCCAGAUCCACUGCCGGAACGUCGGCCGCGGCUGCGCCGAGCAGUUAGCCCUGGGACAGCUGCUGGUGCAUUUGAGGACUGACUGCCAGUUUGAAGAACUCUCGUGUGUGCGUCCUGACUGCAAAGAAAGGGUCUUGAGGAAAGACCUGCGCGAUCACGUGGAAAAGGCCUGUAAAUACCGCGAGGCCACAUGCAGCCACUGCAAAAGCCAAGUCCCGAUGAUCACGCUGCAGAAACACGAAGACACUGACUGUCCCUGCGUGGUGGUGUCCUGCCCGCACAAGUGCAGGGUCCAGACCCUCCUGAGGAGCGAGUUGAGUGCCCACUUGUCAGAGUGUGUCAAUGCCCCCAGCACCUGUAGUUUUAAGCGCUAUGGCUGCGUUUUUCAGGGGACGAACCAGCAGAUCAAGGCGCACGAGGCCAGCUCCGCGGUGCAGCACGUGAAUCUGCUGAAGGAGUGGAGCAACUCCCUGGAGAAGAAGGUUUCCUUGCUGCAGAAUGAAAGUGUGGAGAAAAACAAGAGCAUACAAAGCUUGCACAACCAGAUAUGCAGCUUUGAGAUUGAAAUUGAGAGACAAAAGGAAAUGCUGCGAAAUAAUGAAUCCAAAAUACUGCACUUACAGCGAGUAAUCGACAGCCAAGCAGAGAAACUGAAAGAGCUCGACAAGGAGAUCCGCCCCUUCCGGCAGAACUGGGAGGAAGCAGACAGCAUGAAGAGCAGUGUGGAGUCCCUGCAGAACCGGGUGACCGAGCUGGAGAGUGUGGACAAAAGCUCAGGGCAGGCGGCCCGCAACACAGGCCUGCUGGAGUCCCAGCUGAGCCGGCACGACCAGAUGCUGAGCGUCCAUGACAUCCGCCUGGCCGACAUGGACCUGCGCUUCCAGGUGCUGGAGACUGCCAGCUACAACGGUGUGCUCAUCUGGAAGAUCCGUGACUACAAGCGGCGGAAGCAGGAGGCCGUCAUGGGGAAGACGCUGUCCCUGUACAGCCAGCCCUUCUACACCGGCUACUUCGGCUACAAGAUGUGCGCCCGGGUCUACCUGAACGGGGACGGCAUGGGCAAGGGCACGCACCUGUCACUCUUCUUUGUCAUCAUGCGCGGAGAGUACGACGCUCUGCUUCCCUGGCCCUUCAAGCAGAAGGUGACGCUCAUGCUCAUGGACCAGGGUUCCUCGCGGCGCCACUUGGGGGACGCGUUCAAGCCGGACCCCAACAGCAGCAGCUUCAAGAAGCCCAGCGGGGAGAUGAACAUCGCCUCCGGCUGCCCAGUGUUCGUGGCACAGACUGUGCUGGAGAACGGGACGUACAUCAAAGAUGACACCAUUUUUAUUAAAGUCAUAGUGGAUACUUCGGACCUGCCUGACCCCUGACAGCCACAGGGGGCGGAUUGAGCAGAAGGCAACUCCUCGGGGGUUGGAAUUGCUGUCUCCACCGGGGUCCUCACGCUCAGUAAGGACCUUGUGGAGCAGGAAGUGCAGGAGGCGGCCGCGGGCCGGCGGGAGGAGCCAGCCGGGGGACGCUUUCUAUAGACUAGCAACACUUCACUGAAGAAUUCUUUAUCCUGCGGCGAGGAACACUGCUGUCGGAGAAGGUUCAUUUCCAUUUUUAAAGGUCUCAUUCAUGAAGGUGGAAGACACAUAGGCUCCAAAAAGAACCAUGAGUUUUCUUCCUGAAACUUGAACACACAAAAGACACACCCACCACAUGCACACACGCCUGGGCUAGCUGGACAUGUCAGCAUGUUAAGUAAAGAAGAGUUUAUGAAAUAAUAAUGCAGUUCUGAUAUAUUCGUUCUAAAGCUCAAGAGUGCAAUCUUGUUUCAAAUACAGCAUAUUGUCUAUUUUUAAGGCCUCA